AUGACCAGAAACCUGCCGGGAAGGCUUGUUUGGAAUGAAAAUGAAUACCAUGAGGAAAUAGUUGUGGAUGCCCCAAACCAAAACAGUGAAACAGAGUUGGUGAAGUUUCUAACACUAACCAAUCAUGACAGACCAUCAUCUAAGAGUGAGGCAUCAAGCAACACUCAAGGACAGUUGGAUUGGUACAAUCUCAUUUCAUCAGAGGAAUGGCUUCGAAUUCAUGGACUCAAAACCAAAAAACUAACCCUGUCCCACAUUUUAUCUCAGAUUGGAUUUCCACAUCAGGAAGAUUACGUAUGUUCAAUAGGGAAAAUUGUGGCUUCCCGUUAUGCGGAUGGUCUAUUUCGUCAAUUCUGUAAAGCAGAAGAUGGUACAAUUUACAGGGUGACAGCAAAAACUGAGUUGAUCUACCCAUAUGUGAUUUAUUUAAACGAUGCUGUGGAAUGCUUCAAGGAGAGGAUGAAUUGGUUGACCAGUGGAAGCCGACAAAUUUUUGGUGUAAUCUUGGAACAAUGCAUCACUAUAGUACUAGAUUUUGGCUCUCUGGAUGAGGAAGAAUUUAGCCUUUGCCAGGAUGCUCUUGUAAUGGUCAUUGAUGAACAAGUGGCCCAGUUGACGAAAUUUAAUCUCAUCCAGUAUGAUGCUUCAAGCAGCAGAGGGGCCUCCUGGAUGGAUAUUGGGGCUGGAAGUCAGAGAAGCAGAUAUUCUUUACUCACUGUUUGUCUUCGGGCAGGAUUUUACUUCUUUGUCUCUGUUUCCUCAUUAGUCGUGGCUAUUUACUAUUUUCUUGUGGGUAAUGUUCUUGAGGACUCCAAGAAGUCUCUCCUUCAUUCAGCAACUGAGAGCUCACAUCCAAUACAUACAGUGUCCUUCAAUGCUCAAGGAGAAGACACUAUCAUUUUCUUAAAGAAACUAAGUUCUUCAUCUAAGGGCAGAUUUCAUGCAUUUGCUGCAAGAAUUGUGCCUCUGGGAAUUCCUGAGCCUUCCUCAAAGAAUGGAACACUUUAUUUUUCUUCAAAUUUAAGGAAAUUGAAAGGAAGAGUGCCUCCAGGAGCUGGGGUCAGAGAGGAUGUAUAUCUGAUUUGGAGAGAGCUGGAGGAAGCUCGUAAUACACUGUCACAGAUCCAGAAGAUUAUUGAAAAAUCCACGAAAGCUCCACAUUUAAAACCAGGCAGCGAUAUCUCAUCUGAAAAAGAAAGUACUUCAGUGGAAAGUUUUCAGAUAGCUAUCUCUAAAGGGUACCAGAGAUAUAUAGAAGAGCUAGAAGACACCACAAAAGAGAAGUCAGAAGAAUUUGACCCUUCAUCAAUGACAUCACUAGAAGACAGGUUGGAUUCCAAGAAGUGGCUACAGAAAUAUGGCUUGAAGGCACAAAAACUCACGGCGUUUGAUAUCCUCGCUGACUGCUCCUUUCGCCAUAUUGAUGGAGUUGUUGACAUAAAAGCCAAACCCGACAAUGUGUACCUACAGACCUGUGCUGAGCCAAACAAGAAAAAUGUCCAUGCAAAAUACUGUAAUAAGUUUGUCCAUACUCCCUGGAAGGAUGGAAGAAUGGUCCAUGUUUAUGUCACCGCAGACAAGUGCAAGGCUUAUGAAGAGAAGAUGUACAACGCCUUGGAGCAGAUUAAUAAAAGGAUUGAGUGGCUACAAAAUGGCAGCCAAGGUCUCUUUGGAAUGGUGCUUGAAGAUUUUAUAUAUAUACUCAUCGAUACAUCUCAGUCAAUGAAGGGGAAACUACCUUUGGUGAAAGAGAAGAUUUUUCAACUUUUAAAGGAACAGCUGAUAUUCAAAAAAAAAUUCAAUUUUGUGAAAUUUGAUGCUAAGGCUGUUCCCUGGCAGAAGGAACUUGCUGAAGUUAAUGAAGAUAACUUGGAAAAGGCUAAGGAAUGGAUUAAAAACCUUCAGGUUGGAAGUUCUACCAAUACAAUGGAUGCCCUUAAAAUUGCUUUCUCCGAUAAAGGAACCAAAAUAAUCUAUAUUCUGACAGAUGGAAGACCUGAUCAGUCUGCAGAAACAAUUUUACGUCAAAUCCAACUUCGAAAGAAAAUCCCUAUUCAUACAAUCUCCUUCAACUACCAUGAUGAAGAUGCCAAUGAAUUUUUGAAGGAACUCUCCCUCAGGACUGGAGGAGAAUUCCAUUACUUCCAUUAUGGUUUCCGGGAUCCUUUGGACCCAGAUGCUUACAUGAAUCAACAAAUGAAUCUCUUGCAACAAGAAGUUGAAAUGGGACAAAAUGACCUUGAAAGAGUGCAAAACCUUUGCACUGAAUCCAUGAUGUUGGACUGGUAUCAAAACCUACAAAAUGAAGAGGAAACUGAGCAUAAAAAGCCCAACUCUGAGGUGGUUUUGGAAAAAGAAAAUUUGACGGAAAUAACUUUAGAGACACCUCCAAAGAGAAAAGUAUGCCCAUCUGAAACUAGUUCCAUUAGUCCUUGUGGAAGUCCACCUCAAAUUCUGAAGAAGAAAAUACCAUUUGCAGAACCAACAAAAACUAGUCUGCUCAGGAAUUCUUUUAUUGAAAAGAAGCUCAAAGAAAAAGGAUGGAAUGCAAAAAAAGACCUUCCUGAACCAAAAGAGUUUUCUGGAAAACGAACCAUUUCGCCCAAUCGUAAAGAAGUAAGUGUAACAGGUGAAAAAAUACCACAAGUGAGGAGCAGAGAUUCAAGCCAAGAUUCUCUAGAUAUGUCUUCAGAAAGCUGGCUCAAGAUCAAUGGCUUGGCUGCUAAGCGACUCACCAUAAUGGAUGUCUUAUCCUCUUCGACCAUUCCACAUCGCUCGAAAUAUGUGCCGGUUCUGGGCAAGCAUGUUGGUUCUAAAGUAUAUGAUUCGGUUCUUACAUUGAAACAUGUGGGCAAUGGCUCAAAGCAAAUGAUAUUAAUUAACCCCCUUUCUGUCAAUUUCAAGACCUAUAUCCAGAAUGUGGAACAAGCUGUGAAAUCCUUCAAGAGGCGCUUAAAUCUUCUCAUUUGGAAAGCAUUUUCUGCAAAAGAAAGAAAGAAGCUUAAACUACAGGAGCCAGUUCAAUAUUUGGAAGAUAAAGAGGCUAUCCAAAAGGCCUUAGAAGAGGCAAACUUGUCUAUUUCUUUCGAAGAUAUGUUGUUAUUGGAAAAUGAGAUCGAAGCUGGGAAUACCUACAUCAAGCAGGCUAUGGAAAUCCAGGAAGCGAGCAAGAAGGAGAACCCUCGUGGGGACCAGUUAUUGGAGAAAACACAUGGCCAAGGGAAGAAAUUUAAAAACAAAAGAAUUGAUCCUCUCAAAGGCCAGAAGGUUAUUGCAAGAUCAGAGGAAAACGGCUUUUAUUUUCCAGGCACUGUAAUAAGGUGUAUUGGUCCCACACAUGCCCUUGUACAGUUCAAAUAUGGAGAGACUCGAGUCGUGCCUAUUGUAUUCAUUACCCCUGUGGGAGGUGCUAUGCCUUGUCCAACACUACAGGUUGGAGACUACGUAUUUGCCAAAAUUUUGAUUCCGAAAGGAUGUCAUUUCUACGUUCCAGCAAUUAUCAUAGCAACGCCCAACCGAGAAGAACCAAGUGACAAAUUCUAUACUGUUUUGAAAUGCAACAACCGAAGAGACUUCUGCCUCCGAAGUGGACUUAUUAAAAUCAGCCAAAACAAAUAUGCACUUUCUUGUUCAUUUAUAAGGACUACGCCAAUGAAAGAACCCCCAAAGAUGGAUGCUGAGGAGAUGAGAUCUGAUUUUAUGGUCUUUCCUUUUGAUGAAGAGACCGAGACUGGCCUAUUAAGAGACUCAGAAGAUGAGACUUCAAAAAAGAGUAAGAGCAGGAAGAAAUCUGAAACAAAGAAGCAACCCCAAGACAUCUUUUCCUCAGACUCGGAAGAUAGUAUCUUUGGAUAUGACACAUCCAUAUACUGUUCCAAGCCAAGGGACCAAGCAAAGAAAGAAUGGUUCUCAGACAAUGUUUCUAAGGAGGAUGAUAACAAAUACUCUAAAUAUUAUGCUCAAUGGGUGAAUACUUACCCAAAGUGUCAGUGUUAUUCGAAAACCCUAAACAUCAAAAAACAAUUUUUUUAA